AUGUCAAGUCCUCCACCUGCGACUGAGAACACCCGGUCAGGACCCCUGGUGACACCUGCUGCGUCUGCCCAACAUGAUUGCUCCGAAGGGCCUGAUCCCCUCCUCGACAAGCACCGGCGCCACCGCGACGCUCGGGGCCAGCUCAUCCACGACGACCGUCACAACCAAGCUCCCUCCCCGUCCCGCGCCGAAUCCCCCACCGGCCAUCAAUGGGCCAAGCCCGUCUCCUCCUUUGCUCUAAAAAGGGCCACUACCGCCCCCAUCGAGCGCCUGUCCCGUCCGGAUCGCUCCCAUAGCCCGCAGCUGUCCGAGCGCGACAGCAUCUUCGCAACCCAUUACCUCCCCUCUGACGCCGAGCCUAGCGUUACACCGCACGUCGCGCCCGUGGGCGAUGCCCAGCAUGACCCCCGACUACCCUGA